AUGAAGAAUUUGAAGAUUUUUCGAGGAAAGCGCAAUCGCUCGAUGCCUCAGCUGCCAACGACUGAGGACGGUUUGGAAGAUGCAACCAGGCGAUCGCAAAUCGAUCUCACUGAAUCCAGGUCCCGUCCAUCCUUCUUCAACCGAUUGAAAGCUGCAUUCAGAUCGAGGUCUCCGAGUCGUGAGGCUGCCCCAGUUCCAGCUGUACUCUCCAAGAAAGAGGUCGUUCAGAGAAACGAUCAGAGUGACGCUGGAGAUAUGUACUUGGAGGGUUCGAGAGCAAGCAGCGUCCCCCCUGAGAUCACUGUUGAACCACCCUUGGGUGGCAAUGAGGCACUAUCUCGCAUCGAAACGGAAGGUCCUGGAAUGGCUGUGAAGGAUGCCACGCCGGGUGCUCCAGCAGCAGGGCAAGGGCAAUCAUCUGCUCAGGUUACGCAGCUUGGUGUCAAGGAAAGCUCCCUGGAUCCUGCAGUUGUGGAGGCUGCCCGCGCAGCUGCAUCGCAGACAGUCAUCGAAAUGAAAGGAGGUGCUGCACCGGUCUCGGCCAUUGCUUCAGGAAUCAGUGGGAUGGACAAUCCGAUCGACGUUGUUGAUUCUAUGUCAUUUUUUCUCACCACAUUGUCAACGUUCAAUUCCGUUUUGGACAAAAUGGCACAGAUUCACCCUUAUGCGCAAGCUGCAUGGACUAUUCUUUCAUUCGCAUCUAAGGCAAUCGUAAACCAGAAUAUCCGCGAUGGCUCGAUCGUUUCUUUACUGAAAAAGAUGAAUGACGUGUACAUCUUUCUCACUGCAGCGGAUUUACGGGAUAUUGAAUCAAUGAAGGGGAUUGUCGAGCAAAUCUGUCGCCAGACGUUGGAAUGCUCGUACUUCAUACGAGAAUACGCUCAAAAUACGAAAUUCCGGACGAGGUUGCUCAAGAACUUGAUAUCCAAUACAAAUGCUCGCGUGCAGGAGUUCAAUGGCGUCUUUGAUGAUCUCUUGAAACAAUUUCAUGAUAAGGCCGCCCACGACACGUUGAUUGUUGUGCAUCGUAUCUGGGAAGACGUUGCUGAACUAGCUCAAGACUCGGACUUGCAGCACAUGCCUUAUGUCCAAGGUGCAGGCCUGAAUCUUCAGAAAGUCUGUCUUGAGGGUACCCGGGAGCAAAUUCUUAAGGAUGUCAUUGAUUGGCUCAAUUCGAAUGACGACUCAUCUCGUAUUUUCUGGCUGCAUGGCAAUGCUGGUAGGGGCAAAUCUUCGAUUGCGCAUACCAUUGCCAACUACUUCGACAAGCUGGGACGGCUCGGGUCAUGCUUCUGUUUUGAUCGCAACAAGUUUGCAGAGGAACGACAUAAUAAGAUUUUCACAGUGAUUGCACAGGAUCUCGCCCACACGGACAAGAAUAUACGGAAAGAGCUGGCAGGGAUUGUGCACCUCAACAAGGCGCUCAGUAAUACAAGCGAUAUCGUACAACAAUGGAAAGAGCUCGUCGUGAAGCCCCUCCGCAAACUUUCUGAAACAAUGGUGGGACCUAUUGUAAUUGUUAUCGAUGCGCUAGACGAGAGUGGCAACCCGGAAUCCCGAAGGCACCUUCUUCGUAUACUUGCUGGAAUGCUCAACGAUGAUGACAGCCAUGUAUUAAAGCUUCCACCCCAAGUCCGUAUUGUGCUCACAUCGCGUGCGCUGCCUGACAUCUCCAAUGUGCUUACUGGAGUCAAUCACGUCUGUUCAAUGUCGAUGGAGUCCAUUUCCACUGAUUCAACUUCUCGCGACAUUUUUCAAUAUGUAUCGGCUGAAUUGCAGGGCUUGGAUAUUGACAAGAUCCAGUUGGAUAGGCUUACCUCCGCCUCGGAUGGACUGUUUGAAUGGGCACGUCUGGCAUGUGCAUAUAUUAAAGGGAAUGAUGAUGCAGGAUCUAGUAUUAAAGAACGCACUGACGAUGUUUUUGCUCGUAAUCAGGCUGAGCAGGUGCCACUCCUGGACAGCAUGUACAUGUUGACAUUGGGAGCUGUAUUUCCCCAAAGCCAGCACAAACGCGAUGUGCGUCUCGGGCGAUUUCGAUCUGUAAUGGCCCAGAUACUUGGCAAUGCAGAGCCACUACCGCUUGCUGCCCUUGCAUCAAUGAGGGGCUAUUUUCUGGAUGAUGACCUCAAGAAAAUUGAUGUUGAAUCAAUUAUCAACCCUAUGGGUGCCCUGCUUAGUGGCACAAGCAGCUCCUUUGAAGUGAUUAGACCACUUCAUGCAUCCUUUGCAGAAUUUUUAAUGGACAGAAAGCGAAGUGGCGAAUUCUUCAUUGAUGUGUCGCAUAUUCAUGUCCACCUUGUGGCUGCAUCAAUGGGGAUUAUGAAAGACCAACUACAGUUUAACAUAUGCCAGCUGCCAAGUUCCUAUUUGCCAAAUUCUGCAGUUGAGGAUCUGGAUCAACGGAUUCGGGAUAACAUAUCACUUGGAUUAUCAUAUUCAUGCCGGUUCUGGACACACCAUCUGCAACAGGCAAAAUACUGUGUUACUCUUGCGGAUAUCAUCCGAGAAUUUUUUAAUCAUGAGCGUUUAUUAUUUUGGAUUGAAAUCUUGAGCUUAUUGAAGUUGGUCAAUACUUGUGCUGGAUCAAUGUCAGCCAUUAUUGAAUGGACCAAGUCUGCUGGUGAUUGUGUGGACCUUGUUAAUUAUGCAACAGAUUUGCAAAAAUUUGUUCGAACAUUUGGGGGUGCAAUAUCACAUAGCACCCCACAUCUUUAUUUGUCCGCAAUUCCUUUUUCUCCAAAAAAAUCACAUAUUAAUAUGGCAUUUGGGGAUCGGUUCUGCAAGUUGCUUUGCAUGGAUACUGGAAGGAAUAUGAAUUGGCCCAUUAUACAAGGAAUUUUAAGAGGCCAUGAGAAUGAAGUCAAUUGUGUUGCUUUUUCUCCAGAUGGGAAGCACAUUGUUUCUAGCUCAUAUGAUAAAACAUUGCGGCUAUGGGAUGCUGAAACUGGAGAGCAGAUUGGUGCACCUCUUGAGGGUCAUCAGAAUUUUGUACUGUCUGUUGCUUUUGCUCCAAAUGGAAAGAGAAUUAUUUCUGGCUCAUAUGACAAAACACUGCGGCUGUGGGAUGCUGAAACUGGAGAGCAGAUUGGUGCACCUCUUGAGGGUCAUCAGAAACCUGUAAAGUCUGUUGCCUUUGCUCCAAAUGGAAAGAGAAUUGUUUCUGGCUCAAAUGACUGCACACUGCGGCUGUGGAAUACUGAAACUGGAAAACAAAUUGGUGCACCUCUUGAGGGUCAUGAGUACACUGUACAAUCUGUUGCCUUUGCUCCAGAUGGAAAAAGAAUUGUUUCUGGCUCAUAUGAUAAAACAUUGCGGCUAUGGGAUGCUGAAACUGGAAAGCAGAUUGGUGCACCUCUUGAGGGUCAUGAGUACACUGUACAAUCUGUUGCCUUUUCUCCAGAUGGAAAAAAAAUUGUUUCUGGCUCAAAUGAUACAACAUUGCGGCUAUGGGAUGCUGAAACUGGAAAGCAGAUUGGUGCACCUCUUGAGGGACAUGAAUAUCCUAUACAAUCUGUUGCCUUUUCUCCAGAUGGAAAAAGAAUUGUUUCUGGCUCAGAUGACAAAACACUGCGGCUGUGGGAUGCUGAAACUGGAGAGCAGAUUGGUGCACCUCUUGAGGGUCAUCAGAAUUCUAUAAACUCUGUUGCCUUUUCUCCAGAUGGAAAAAGAAUUGUUUCUGGCUCAUAUGAUAAAACAUUGUGGCUAUGGGAUGCUGAAACUGGAAAGCAGAUUGGUGCACCUCUUGAGGGUCAUCAGAAUUUUGUACUGUCUGUUGCUUUUGCUCCAAAUGGAAAGAGAAUUAUUUCUGGCUCAUAUGACAAAACACUGCGGCUGUGGGAUGCUGAAACUGGAGAGCAGAUUGGUGCACCUCUUGAGGGUCAUCAGAAUUCUAUAAACUCUGUUGCCUUUUCUCCAGAUGGAAAAAGAAUUGUUUCUGGCUCAUAUGAUAAAACAUUGCGGCUAUGGGAUGCUGAAACUGGAAAGCAGAUUGGUGCACCUCUUGAGGGACAUGAAUAUCCUAUACAAUCUGUUGCCUUUUCUCCAAAUGGAAAGAGAAUUGUUUCUGGCUCAUAUGAUAAAACAUUGCGGCUAUGGGAUGCUGAAACUGGAAAGCAGAUUGGUGCACCUCUUGAGGGUCAUGAGUACACUGUACAAUCUGUUGCCUUUUCUCCAGAUGGAAAAAAAAUUGUUUCUGGCUCAAAUGAUACAACAUUGCGGCUAUGGGAUGCUGAAACUGGAAAGCAGAUUGGUGCACCUCUUGAGGGACAUGAAUAUCCUAUACAAUCUGUUGCCUUUUCUCCAGAUGGAAAAAGAAUUGUUUCUGGCUCAGAUGACAAAACACUGUGGCUGUGGGAUGCUGAAACUGGAAAGCAGAUUGGUGCACCUCUUAAGGGUCAUCAGAAUUCUAUACUGUCUGUUGCAUUUUCUCCAGAUGGAAAAAGAAUUGUUUCUGGCUCAUAUGACAAAACAUUGCAGCUCUGGGAUGCUGAAACUAGAGAGCAGAUUGGUGCACCUCUUGAGGGUCAUCAGAAUCCUGUACAGUCUGUUGCCUUUUCUCCAGAUGGAAAAAGAAUUAUUUCUGGCUCAUAUGACAAAACACUGCGGCUGUGGGAUGCUGAAACUAGAGAGCAGAUUGGUGCACCUCUUGAGGGUCAUCAGAAUUCUAUAAUUUUUUCAUUACAACCACAAUCAGCUUUUCCUAUUAUUGCUAAUACCAUUCAGAAAAUGGACUUGUCAUUUGACUUACUUCAAACUCAGAAUUUGCACAAUUUCCUUCAAGUUCCAUAUCCAUAUUUCCCUUGGCAAGGGAAUGGAUGGGUAAUUUGCAAAUCUGCUUCUAAAAAUGGAAAACUUUUAUUCUUUGUUCCAUCUAUGUAUAAUGUUAAACAAUAUUGGCCUCCAUCUCUUAAACUUAUUAUGCCUUCUCCUCCUCAACUUAAUCUUAGUCAAAUGGCUCAUGGAGAGUCAUGGGCAUCAAUUUAUCCCAAUUCAAAUGUUCAAGCAGUUUGA